CAUGGACAACUCUAGCUGCGGGCCGUGCCAGUUCCGCGGGCCGGGGCCCAGCCAGGCCAUCCACUAUGCCUACACGGGCCUGCUGCUGGCGCUGGGGCUGCCCCUGAACGCGCUGGCGCUCUGGGUGUUCUGCUGCCGCAUGCCUCGCUGGACCACGACGCAUGUGUACAUGGUGAACCUGGCCACGGCCGACCUGUGCCUGCUCUGCACGCUGCCACUCCUGCUGAGGCCCGGGCACCUGGCCCUGCUACCCUGCCACGUCUCCCAGGGCUGCUACCUGGCCAACAGGUACAUGAGCAUCAGCCUGGUCAUGGCGCUGGCCCUGGACCGCUACGUGGCCGUGCGGCACCCCCUGCGGGCUCGCGGCCUCCGCUCCCCGCGCCGGGCCCUGGCGCUGUGUGCCGCGCUCUGGGUGCUAGUGACCGGCUCACUGGCCCUGCGGGGGCUGCUGGGGGCCAGGACCAACAGCACCUGCUUCUUCGGCACCUCGGAGCAGGAGCCCAAGAUCGUGGCCUUCUCCCUGCUGGGCUUCUACCUGCCGUUAGCCGUACUGGUCUUCUGCUCCCUGCAGGUAGGCACGGCCCUGGCCCAGAGGCCGGCCGCCGACGCAGGGCAGGCCGAGGCCACUCGCAAGGCCGCCCGCAUGGUCUGGGCCAACCUGGCCGUGUUCCUGGCCUGCUUCCUGCCCCUGCACCUGGUGCUGAGCGUGUACCUGGCGCUGGGCCCUGGCCGGCACACCUGCGCCUUCAAGUGCGCCUUCUUCAUCACCAGCAAGUUCUCAGACGCCAACGGCUGCCUGGACGCCAUCUGCUACUACUACUCGGCCAAGGACUUCCAGAACGCGUCGGGGCGGCCGGCACCCCUCAACACCAAGACCCACAAGAGCCAGGAUUCUGUGUGCCUGACGAUGACACAAGGACCCGUCUCCCGUUCCUAGGACGGCGCUGCCUCUGCACA